AGUGGUCCAUUCGUCGUUGUACCAAGUCACGACAAGAUUUUGAUAUCGAUAUGAAGCUCAUUUUGGUGCUACUUCUGGCUGGCGUUGCCCUGGCUCAGCGUCCCCAAACGGUGGCGGUGAUUGAUAAGCUGUACCAAGUGCAUCCACUGUACAGGCAGAUCCAGGACUAUGUGAUCAACACGAUCUCGGAAGCUCGUCUAUCGAGCUCGGCGAAGAUCUACGACUUCCACCGGGACAUCAUCAUGAUUAAGAGUACCUUCCUUGGGACGUCCAUUCGGCAGGAGGAAGCCUUGCUGACCCAGAUCAACGGUCAACCGCUCUCGGUCGAUCAGCAGUGCUUGAGCUUUGUGCGCCAAAGUGCCGAUGUGAACAUGAACCUGGCCGGUGUGUCCUACAGUACCUGCAUUACGACUGCCGGCGAUACGCUCGUGUCCACCGUAAAGGCUUUCUACGAGCGGCUCGAUAUGGAUGAGGCGGCUUACGUCGGUGUCGGUCUGUUUGAGGAGUUCCGUGAUGAAAACAUUUUCUUCGACCCGCAAAGCAUUAUCGCGAAGCUCGAGAACCGCAUGUUCCGGCUGGAAGAUUAUCCCACACACAUCGGUAGCGAGUUGCUGGACGCUAUUGCCGGCUUCACCGUCUCGCUUGACAGUGUUCGCAUGAACUAUGUCAGCUGCAUGACGAUGGGUGAACAGCUGCUCAUGUCCGCCCUGCAGUUGGCUCAGAUGCAGUUGGAGAUGGUGUGUAAUGCCAAACAGAUUCCUGUUCCAGACGCUACCACACCCGUUCCUCCUACUCCGGAGCAGAACGAACCGGAACCGGAUCCGGAACCAGUACCGGAACCAGAGCAUUAAAAUCCACACGCAAUAGAAAUUUGAAAAGGAAAUGAUUUAAAAAUGCGAACGUAAAUUUGGGGUUUGAGAAUUUUUUUACUUUGGAAAUAAAAUUGUAACAUUCUAAUAUGG